AUGGCCACUCCUCUGCGCUGUGUGCCCGGGUUUUUCCUCAUGAGCGUGUCUGACGAACCAGUAGAUGAGAGGGGGGAACCACCCACACGCAUGGGUCUCGUGGACGGUAAAGCCUGGACGGACGUCUAUGCGUUCAUGGACAAAUUCGAGCUCCAUCAUCCUGGUCGACAUAUUAAGCUAGUGAUUCUGUUACGACACGGAGAAGCCACGCACAAUGCGGCAAAGGCCCUAGUGGGUGAAAAAUUGUGGCAGCAGUAUGAAAUGCAACCCGAGUUCAUUGAUGCCCCGUUGACGGCCCACGGCCAGGACCAAGCCGAUUCAGCCGCUUCGAUGCUGGAGAAGCAGAUUGCCAAUUGCGGCCUUAAACUGCAACGGGUUUUCGUGUCCCCAUUGGACCGCACGUUGCAGACGUACGAACGCGUGUUUGCCCGACUUCAAGACAUCCCGGUUUCUGUGGUAGAGCUGGCCAGAGAGACAUUGGGUGUUGUCAACUGCGAUCGACGCAAGGUCCUGACCCCAAAGCAAGCAGCGUACCCCCAUUUGGACUUUGAUGAGGUGGCUAGUGAGGACGACACAUGGUGGCAACCGGACCAUCGAGAAACCAGCGACGAAAUUGCUGCUAGAGCUGCAGAGUUUUUGAACCGAGCGUUUUACAAGUGUCCGGAGAGCUGCGCGCUUGUCGUUUCGCAUAGCGGAUUCAGUCGCGGAUGUUUUGCUGCGGUAGGUCAUCGCUACUUCCGACCGCGAAAUGCAGAGUUCAUCCCGUUGUUAAUCACAGACGCAACCGAGGAGGAGUUGCAGCAAGAUGCAUAG